AUACAAAACCAGAGACAAUAGCCUCCUGUUUCAGGUGUUUGCUCCAGAAAUGGCUUCUUGGGGAAAAUGAACCAGAUUUGAUUGCUUUUAGAUUACUGAGUGACAUUUGGCCUUGGAUUUGUUCUGGGUUCUAAAUCACCAGCUCGUUUUCAUGCUCCAAGGAAAUCGGUGGAGAAAAGAGAAUCUUCUCUGCAGUGCAAGUUGAGGAUUUGAAGCCCCUGGUUUGUAUUUCUGGGGGUUCCUGAUCAGCCAUUGAAUGGAGCAGUUCCGGCAGAUUGGAGAGGUUCUGGGUAGUCUGAACGCUCUGAUGGUUCUGCAAGAUGAUAUAAAAAUCAACCAGCGGCAGUGCUCGUUGCUUCUCGAAAUCUUCACAUUGGCUUUCAACACAAUUGCAGAUGCAAUCCGCCAAAACUUGAAUCUAGAAGAGAAGAAUACUAAGUGGAGAGAUCUUGAGCAGCCAUUAAGGGAGCUGUAUAGGGUUUUCAAAGAAGGGGAACUAUAUGUUAGAUACUGUAUUGAUAACAGAGAUUGGUGGGGAAAACUCAUCAACCUUCAUCAAAAUAAGGACUCCAUUGAGUUUCACAUCCAUAACCUGCUUUGCUACUUUCCUGCUGUCAUCGAGGCAAUUGAAACAGCUGGAGAAAUAUCAGGGCUUGACCCUGCAGAGAUGCAGAGCAGAAGAGUUGCUCUUAAGAGGAAAUACGAUAAGGAGUGGAUUGAUCCCAAGCUUUUUCAAUGGCGAUAUGGGAGACAGUAUUUGGUUCCUCGGGAAAUUUGUAGCCGUUUUGAGAUUUCUUGGAGAGAAGACAAAUGGCAUCUUCUUGAUGUGCUUCAGGAGAAGAGAAAUUUGUUAGGUGACGCUUCUACAAAGAUUGACAAGCGUUUUGCUGACCUACUGUUCAAGAAAAUAGCUGGGAUGGAUCCAGGUAAUGGAAAGCUCUUCCCAAGUUCUAUUUUGGUGGGAGGAAAGGAUUACCAAGUGAAGCAGAGAUUAGGAGGAGGAAGCCAGUACAAAGCAAUUCAGUGGUUAGGAGAGAAUUUUGCUUUGAGGCAUUUCUUUGGGGAGAUUGAACCAUUAUCUUCAGAGAUUUCCACUCUUCUCUCACUUUGUCAUCCCAAUAUAUUACAAUACCUUUGUGGGUUCUAUGAUGAGGAAAGGAAAGAAUGUUUUCUGGUUAUGGAGUUGAUGCAUAAAGAUCUGUUGAGCUACAUGAAGGAGAAUAGUGGGCCAAGGAGGCGGUUUCUCUUCUCUCUUCCUGUUGUUGUUGAUCUCAUGCUACAAAUUGCAAGAGGAAUGGAGUAUCUUCAUUCUCGAAACACCUGUCAUGGAGACCUGAACCCUUGUAAUAUUCUUCUGAAAGAGAGGAGCUGGACAGAUGGUUAUUUCCAUGCAAAAAUCUCUGGUUUUGGUUUAUCCUCCAUCAAAACUCACAUCAGUCGAAACUCAACCAAACAACAUGUCUCAAACCCUUUUAUUUGGUAUGCUCCGGAAGUUCUCGAGGAGCUAGAACAUGAGCCAGAAAGCAUACCUAGUUCUAAGCACACACAGAAAGCAGAUGUCUACAGCUUUGCUAUGGUUUGUUUUGAGCUCUUGACAGGAAAACUUCCCUUUGAAGAUGGCCAUCUUCAAGGAGAAAAGAUGACUAAAAACAUAAGAGCAGGGGAGAGACCUUUAUUCCCAUUUCCUUCACCCAAAUACCUAGCAGACUUGACCAGAAGAUGCUGGCACAGUGACCCUAAUCAGCGCCCAAGUUUCUCCUCCAUCUGCAGGAUUCUACGUUACAUCAAGAAGUUCCUUGUGAUGAACCCAGACAACGGUCUUCCUGAACUGCAAUCUCCACUAGUAGAUUACUAUGACUUAGAGGCAAGGUUUCUAAAGAAGUUCCCUGCAGAAUGCAAUUCUUUCCCAGCAUCUGUAACACAAAUCCCAUUUCAAAUGUUUGCCUACAAAGUCAUUGAGAAAGAGAAGACUAAUCCUAAAAGUAAUGAUAACAACUUGGAGGCAGCAAGUGACGUAGCCUCUGAUAUUUUUUCUGUAGUGGAGGAUCCACCGGUUGUACCAAGGGAUGCAAAGUCCAUGUGUGUAGAUAGAAAAUCAGUUUGUUCCGACACAAGAUCAGUUUUCUCAGAAGCUCCAGAUAAAAAGAUCUUGAAGUUGAAGAAAAUCAGCUUCCUAUAUGUACUGAAUAUCUAUCGAUCUUUUAGAGCUGUCAAGAACAAUACAGUGAGAGUUGCCACAUGA